AUGACUGAACUUAAAAAUUUUUCAGACCCUCCAAAAAUCAUUGCUACUGAUGGAAUUGCCCAAAUCGAAGUUUUUUCUGCAAAUGAUUCAAGUACAAAAGAACUUCAAUAUUGCAAGGGCUUCUCUAACGGUCAAGAAACUUUAAAAUCUGUCGAUUUAAUCGUCAGAGGAAAUUUGCCUUCGUGGUUGAAAGGUGACUUUUUUACCGUUGGUCCUGGUAUUUAUGAUAUCAAAUACACCAAAAUGAUCGGAACUGACGAAGGUUAUGAGAGUGCGACCGCAACAUUUUCUAUGGGUCAUUGGUUUGAUGG